AUGAUUCUUCCUGAAGAAAUAAUAGUUGAUGUUCUUUUACGAUUGCCUGCAAAAUCUCUUAUGCGCUUUAAAAGCGUAUGCAAGUCAUGGUAUAAUCUAAUCAAGUGCCCUGAUUUUUCCAAGCUUCAUUUAGAAAGAUCACUCACCACUCGAUCAAAUCUGCACUAUGUUAUUAAAACUCCCAUGUUUCAUUUGGCAGAUUUUGACACUUUUGAUAACCCCAUUGAAUUGAAUCACCCUUAUAAGACCAAUUAUCCUAGUGAUUGUCGAGUAGUUGGAUCAUGUAAUGGCUUGCUUUGUCUUCAUCGUUAUUUUAAUUUUCAGCUUCCACUUUGUAUUUACAAUCCCACUACUCGGACCUACAAAUUACUCCCCUUUUUGACAGUACGGGCACCGUUUAAUUAUCGCAGAUCGAUGUUUACUUUCGGGUUUGGUUAUGAUAAUGCCUCCAAGGACUAUAAAUGUGUGAGGGUGUUUCGGAAUUUGAACAAGGCAACUGGUACUUAUGAGAGUGAAGUCAUGGUUUGUAGUUUGAAGGACGAUGAAUGGAGAAGAGCUCCUGAUGUUGCAUCUGAUUUCGAUUUCGAUUACCGGAGGAGUGUCUUUGUUAAGGAUAAAAUCCAUUGGGUUGGUGGUAGAGAAAAAGAUGGAGUAAGAGCACUCCUCCCUAUUGUUGCAUUUAGUUUGAGUGAUGAAACUUUUAGCACACUGCCAGUUCCUAAUCUUGAUACCAUGCGCUUUAAGCGCAUGUUUUUGGGGGAACUUGAUGGGUGCUUGUGUCUUUCGGUUAGCUAUAUCGAUAAGUACUGUGAUGUGUGGGUAAUGAAGGAGUAUGGUGUUGCUGGAUCUUGGUCUAGGUUGCUUUCCGUUACCAAGCGAUAUGGUGAUGAAGAACUGGAGAGACCUGUUUGUUAUUCGAUGGAUCGUAAGAAAUUGUUUGUGAACACUCAUAUUUGGUUUCAGCUUGUUUCCAUUGAUUUGGAUAAAAUGGAAAUUACCAAUAAUGUGAAAGCUAGUAGGUUUAACAGCUGCUCACAUGCUUAUGUUUGUGUAGAGAACCUUCUUAUGUUGGAACAUAGUAGUGUUCACGUUAAAAACGACGAGCAAUAGGAGGGGGGAAAGACAAGAACAAUGUCAUCGUGCGAUCCAUGGGGUGAUUCAGGGAGUACCUCUGAGGGCAAAGAGACACCUCCGUCAGACGUGAAUCAAGAGAAAGAACAAGCUUGCGGAUUCCAUAGCAAGAAAUGCAAGAGAGAUAACAGAAGGCUUUAAUAACCGAAGCAGAACAAUUAAUCUGUAGUAAUCUUCUAAACUCUAAUAGCAGCAGCAGCCUUAGUACUGUAACUGAACUUGUUUAAUUUAUGGAAGUUCGUUUUCUACCAAAAAAAAUGUCAUUUGUAGUCCUGUAAACCUGCUCUCAGAAAAAAUUAGUCCUGUACUCUUGUCAUUUAAUACUUGUUCCAGCAAAUCUACACAACCAUAUAUUAUACGCUGAGAUUUUUACACAUGAUACUUGUACAUAAAUCUUCCAUUUCAAGGUUCUUCUUCCCUCCACAGCCCCCUUCUUCAAGGUUUGUCUUCGCCUCUUCGGAUCACGUCCAACGGUCCAAGACAAAAAAAAUUACAAUCGCUCAUUUGAUGACAUUAAUAAGACUAGAA